CUCAACCCAACAAUCUUUCUUGCCGAUGGCGACACAUACUCAUGAAUCGUUACUAAAAGAUUACACACCAAUAGAGCCAGUCAAACGAAUAUUCAGUGAUAAAGAUAUAGCUCCUUUCACGGAAAGUGAAGCUUUUGCUCGUAUCGUCGACUUUGUAAAGCUACUCAACACCAGCGUUUCAAACAAAAAAAUAACAGAUCCAUGCCAUGAAUCAGAAAAUAUAAAGAAAGUUUUAAAGCUGCUUGAUACCCUUUCCAGUUGGAUAGACGAUAUACCGCCUGCCUCAAAUGCCCAACGGUUUGGCAACAAAGCUUUUCGUAUCUGGUUGGCCAAGGUCGAAGAGAAUGCAGAGGCCUUGAUGGAAGACGCUUUACCUCGAGAAGUUCAUAUUGCUCUCCCGGAAUUAAAAGCGUAUUUUAAAAACGCUUUCGGAAAUGGCACCCGUAUCGACUAUGGUUCUGGCCAUGAACUGAGCUUCUGUGCUUGGCUAUGUGGGCUUGCGAUGUUAAAGGUGUUUGAAAAAGAAGACUUUCAAGCACUCGUACUUCGAGUAUUCACAAGUUAUUUGGAGGUUGUUCGGAAGCUACAACGAACAUAUACAUUGGAGCCAGCGGGUAGCCAUGGCGUUUGGGGAUUAGACGAUUACCAAUUUCUUCCAUAUUUAUGGGGAAGUGCUCAACUAAUCAAUGACCCCAAUCUACGGCCAAAGUCUAUCCUAAGCGAGGAUAUUGUCAAUAGCGUUGCUAAGGAUUAUCUCUAUUUUCGAUGCAUUCAAUCCAUUAACGAGGUAAAGCGUGGCCCUUUCCAUGAACAUUCGCCGAUGCUUUAUGAUAUUUCGGCAGUACCUGGCUGGGCGAAGGUGAACUCUGGAAUGAUUAAGAUGUUCAUAGCAGAGGUACUGCGCAAAGCACCUGUAGUACAACACUUUUACUUUGGAGCAUUAUUUCCAUUCGAUCCCGUGCAAGAAGAGAAAUAGGAUCGUGCACACUUUUCAAAAACGUCUAAAAUACCCAUAGAUGAAUAUUGCCUUUAUUGUUUAGGCAAUGAUCACAAAAAUUAUGU